GACUCAGAAACAGAUAGAAAAAUGAUGGCAAUGACGGCGGAACAAGUGGAGAGAGCUGAGAGAGAGGUGAUGAAGUACGUGACAGAGGGAAUCCACUAUGACAAUGAGGACGAGUUGAAACUAUUACGCGAAAGAGCACCGGCGUACUUCAACGUCACCUUCGAGAUCCAGAGGUCAAUAGCAGCAAACGGAGACAAAUCGACGAGAGCGCAGCAGUUGCUGCAUCGCUUACAGCAAAGUGCGUACGUGGCUAAGGACGAGACGUUGGCAUGUUGCUCUGCGUACACCCUUCAGCGAGUUGUGGAAUGGAUGUGUGAUAACGAAGACAUCGACAAUAAUAAGAGAGAGGGAGGUGGUUUUUACGACAGAUCGGCGUUCAAGAAGUUUGUCACAUCUCGGGCGAAGGAAGCUCGAAUGUUGAAGACAAAAGCGCAUGACAUAUUGAAGAGUAAUGCAGCAGAGAUAUUGACACUCAGCAGGAUGAACGAGCUACCUCAAACAGACCCUGUUGACUACCAUGAUUUGGCAACAGUGGUGGUGGACGAUGUCAAGUACGUCUUGCUCGAUCACAUUAUGGAUUUCAUGUUGAAGACAGAUAAUGAUACAAAUUUGAUUCACGAGGUCUUACACGAGGUGACAAUGGACGCAAUAGCAGUAGCAGAGCUUGCCGAUGUCAAGAGUACAAAGGAUGAAAAUCAACUAGUGUCGGGGACUCCAAUAUGUCAGGGGGAAAUAUUCACGAUCCUGGAGGACCUCACCAGGGCAUCAACGGAAGCGGAGAGAAUGAGCAAAAGAAUGCAAGGAUGGCAAUUGGUUGUUGCGGAAGCAAUCAAUGCGACACACCAUAUGCCAGAUAGCACACUGCACACUACAAGUGGCGUGGGAUCUGUAACAGCGGUUCAGAACCCGUUGACGAUUUCUAGUGCGGAUACGUUGAGUGUCCAUAAUGCAUUCAGAGUGUGGGGAUUACCACCCUAUCGUCCUUCACAUGAGAUCAUCGAAGGAAACGAACAAGUGCAUUCCAGGGAGUGCAUGCGGAUGGCGGAACUAGUGAGAGUGGCAAUGCACAGACAAGGGAUGAUGAGAAACCGCCGUCAUGGGAGGUGGGAUUGAGUGACAGUGAUAUCAGCAAUGACGAGGAGGGUGACGAAUACGACUCUUAUUGGGACGUUCAG